AUGCAUGUCCGAACAUACGAGAGCAUCGCUCCACCUCGGUCGGAAGCACAGAAACCUAUGCAAUAUGGCAGCUUAACAGUGAUACCCGUUCUUCGGAGCGAAGACUCGGUAUUUGGCGCGGAGGUCUCUGGAGUGGAUUGGAACAGAUCGAUUCCAGAGGCAACUGUGGCCCAGCUAGUUGAGCUACAGGAUAAAUACGGCGUACUGAUAUUUCGAGAGACCGGCCUGGAUAAUGCCCGCCAUAUUGCAUUUUCACAACAACUGGGAGCAGAAUUAGAGGUCAAUCCAUUUUACUACGGUCGCGAGAACGAUAGGCUCGGUGAGCCGUUACUAUUUGACGUAGGGAACAUAGAAAUGGACCGUACAUUGGUGAAACCUGAUAGUAGAAGAUGGCACCACAGCCUAGGAAAUGCUCUGUGGCACACGGAUUCCUCGUAUCACCAACGCCGCUCCAAGUAUUCCAUACUUCUCUCCCACGGAAAUCCAGUCAAGGGAGGAUCGUGGACACAUUUUGCUGAUACACGUCGAGCGUAUGCUGACCUCCCUGAUACGAAAAAGAAGGAGAUUGAAGAUUUGGUUGUGGAACAUGAUUUAUGGCACUCAAGAAAGCUUGCCUCGCCCAUUGUAUACGGGAAUCCCCUGCCACAUGAACUUGCUGCAAAACCACCAGCAUAUCACCGUCUCGUUCAAAAAGCACCUGAUGGGCGUCAAACGUUAUAUCUCGCGGCUCAUGCAAAGCUUAUAUUGGGUUGGUCAUUUGAAGAGAGUCAAAAGUUGAUAUGGGAGCUGAUUGACCACUGCACCCAGUCAGAGUAUGUAUUCAGCAUGGAAUGGCUUUCCGGGGGUGAUAUGGUGUGGUGGGACAACAGACAAUCUAUGCACCGCGCAAACCCGUACACUGAAACUAUGACUGUCAGAGAUGUACGACGAUCUACCAUCAUUGAUGACGGUCCAAUGGCAUAUGGUGUGUCUAUUGAAGAUAGGAGGGCGAUUGCCAGCAAAACUCCCAAUGCAACAGACUUAUAG